AUGUCUUCACCAUCGAAUGAAAGAGUUAGCGACGACGAUGAAUAUGAUUCAACCGAAGACAUCGUGGAAGUCGAUUAUGCCAAAAUUGAUCAAGAUAAUAGAGAGAUUGAUCAAUCUUUUCGGAUACACGAGGUCUUCAAAUGCGUCCUUGGGGGAAACUAUCUCGCACCGCUGGGAAGAGACAUCAAGAGAUGUUUGGAAUUGGGUUAUUCCAGCGGAAUACUGAUGAUGGAAUUGGCAAGUGAAUUCAAGAAUUGCGAGUUCCACGGAUUGGACAAGAGAUCAAGUGCACCAAAUGACAUCUAUCCUCAUAAUUGUCACUUUGAAAAGGGAGAUUUCUAUACGGGGAUUAAAUUUCCGGACGAGUACUUCGACUAUGUAUAUCUUAGAUGUACAAUGGUGCUUAUCCAAGAAGAUAAAUACAACUUUCUUUUGGGGGAGUUAAAUAGGGUCCUCAAGAAAGGUGGCUGGAUCGAGUUCACUGAAUUAGAUUUUGAAUUCCGACCAAAGGGUCCCACAUGUAAGUCACUGGAGGGAAUUCUGUACGACACGCUGCGAAAAGAUAAUACGAACGCCCAAAAAGUUCGCCAGCUUGGUAGUAUUCUAACGGAAAACGGAUUUAUAAAUGUUAAAGAGAGGACCUAUGACAUUCCGUUGGGCGAACACGGCGGAGAGAUCGGUAUCAAUAUGGCGAGCUUCUGGAGAAACUUGGCACAAACAUACAAAGAUAACAUAAUCUCGAAAGUGGAUGCCAAAAGUCAACAAGAGCUUGACGAAUUUAUCGAAAAGGGUAUUAAAGAGUUCGAUGAGCAUCAUUCUUUUAACAAAGCUUACAAUUUUGUUGCUCAAAAAGCAUGA